AUGCACGCCGGCACGGGCACGGGUGACCGGGCCAGCGAGGGCGGCGGGUGCCGCGACAGCGGGGCCACAGCGGCGGCGGGGGCCACGGCCACGGGGGCGCCCGCGGCGGCGGGGGCUGCGGUGUCAGGGGCGGGGCCUGCGGCGUCAGGGGCCGCGACGGCGCCAGCCGAGCCAGCCGCGGAGGAGGCGACGGGCGAGGUCGAGGUCGAGCCCGUCGCAGGAGUAGCAGCGCCGGCCGGGGUGGCGGGUGGGGUGCCCGCUGGCUCGACCUCGGGCGAGGGAGCCGGGGAUCCGGGGGCCCGGUCGGACUCAACCUCGGGUGAGGGAGUCGAGAACCCGGGAGGGGGCGGCAGAAGGCGCCGGGGGAUGCCGCCACGUAUCGCACCAGGUAGGGGGCACGGGGGCCGGAGCUGA